CCGAGCUUUCUCACCUGAAUUCAGGUUGUCUGCGUCUACCCCAGGCAAGCCCCGUUAGCAACCGCUGCCGACUUGAACCUGGAAACUGAGCUUGCAUUCUAAAGUCCAUACACUCCACUCCACAACAUACGCAUUAACGCAAAAGAAAACCGCCCAACAUGAACUUUGGAGGCUACCAGCAACAACCGCAAAUUCAGAGCGGGCUCAACAUGUCCAUGGCUGAACAAGAGUUGGAGAUGGUCACUACCUUGUUCAACAACAUCGUCGACUCUUGCUACAAGAAAUGCGUGCCACCAAAGUACCACGACAACGAGCUCAACAAGGGCGAAUCGGUCUGCAUCGACCGCUGCGUCGCAAAAUACUUUGAAGUCAACAUGAAGGUCGGGCAGAAGCUGACGGCACAAGCGAAUCAAUCACAGAUGCAGCAACCGAUAUGAGAAAAUAGAGCAGCAGCUAUUCGCUCGUAGUUGUACGUAGAUGCCCCUCCGGUAACGACCGGCGGUGCUCACUGAUACACCCCAUUCAUCAUCCCAUCCAACGGAGUCCCUGACCGUACAUUAUUUAGAAAGA